UCACGCGACUCGGAAUUCGCGGGAAAACUUGUCUCAGUCGCGAGGGGCCGGGGCCCGCGCGCGGGGACUUUGAAGCGUGUUCCCCGGGAAGUCCUGCUGCCAUGAGUCUGUGGGUGGACAAAUACCGGCCCUGCUCCUUGGGGCGGUUGGAUUACCACAAGGAGCAGGCGGCCCAGCUGCGCAACUUGGUUCAAUGUGGUGAUUUUCCUCACCUGUUAGUAUAUGGACCAUCAGGUGCUGGCAAAAAGACAAGAAUCAUGUGCAUUCUACGUGAACUUUAUGGUGCUGGAGUGGAGAAAUUGAGAAUUGAACAUCAGACUAUCACUACUCCAUCUAAAAAGAAAAUUGAAAUCAGCACCAUUGCAAGUAAUUACCAUCUUGAAGUUAAUCCCAGUGAUGCUGGAAAUAGUGACCGGGUAGUAAUUCAAGAAAUGCUGAAAACAGUGGCACAAUCACAGCAACUUGAAACAAGCUCUCAAAGAGAUUUUAAAGUGGUGUUAUUGACAGAAGUUGACAAACUCACCAAAGAUGCUCAACAUGCCUUGCGCAGAACCAUGGAAAAAUACAUGUCUACCUGCAGGUUGAUCUUGUGUUGCAAUUCUACAUCUAAAGUGAUACCACCCAUUCGUAGUAGAUGCCUGGCAGUUCGAGUGCCUGCUCCUAGCAUUGAAGAGAUUUGCCAUGUGUUAACUACUGUGUGCAAGAAGGAAGGUCUGAACCUUCCUUCCCAGCUGGCUCAUAGACUGGCAGAGAAGUCCCGCAGAAAUCUCAGAAAAGCUCUGCUAAUGUGCGAAGCCUGCAGAGUGCAGCAAUAUCCUUUCACUGCAGAUCAGGAAAUCCCAGAGACAGAUUGGGAGGUGUAUCUGAGGGAGACUGCAAAUGCUAUUGUCAGUCAGCAAACUCCACAAAGGCUCCUUGAAGUUCGUGGAAGGCUCUAUGAGCUUCUAACACAUUGUAUUCCUCCUGAGAUAAUAAUGAAGGGCCUUCUCUCGGAACUUUUGCAUAAUUGUGACGGACAACUGAAAGGGGAAGUGGCCCAGAUGGCAGCUUAUUAUGAACAUCGUCUCCAGCUGGGCAGUAAGGCCAUUUAUCAUUUGGAAGCAUUUGUGGCCAAAUUUAUGGCACUUUAUAAGAAGUUUAUGGAGGAUGGAUUGGAAGGCAUGAUGUUCUGACUUCUCUCAGUGGUUCUCCCAGCUAUUUCUCAGUGUCAGCAUUUACAUGCCGGUUGUAUGGGGAGAGCCCCGGGUAAAAUAAAAUAACUACUUAA